UAAUAGAUCUACAACCUAAGUCUAUGCAGGCAUAUAUGGCACGAUCCAAUAAUGGAUUUUCGUUGCAUGCAAUCAUGGAGCCAAUCAGAAUCGUUAUUUUUUUAGGUCCCGCCUUUGUUGGCUGUUGUUGAUUUCUGAGUUGGGCUGCUUCAGCAUUUCCCUGGAUUUUUUGAUACCUUCAUGGCAGACGAUGUGCGGCUGUCUCAAGCCCUUGUUAAAUCGACAACUGAAUCGCAGCAAGGUGGAUCUAGUAAACCUGUAAAACGACGAGCACGGUUAGCCUUAUCUUGUCAACGUUGUCGUAAACAUCGAUCCAAAUGUUCUCGCACACGUCCAGCCUGUGAUCAAUGCAUUGAAGCCGAAGCCUCGUGUGAAUACUUGGAUAAACCGGGUGAUUUGGAAAGCACGGCUUUGCGAGAUCGAUUUGCAGGUCUUGAAGAUCAGAUUGAUUCACUGGUGGGUGAGUUUGAUCUGAUUGAAAAACUAGUUGCCAAUCAGCAACGAACCCUGCUUCGCACCGAUGCUCUGCACAAGUGGAGUAUUCAGACCGACUCGGCCAACGGGUUAACGAUCGAAACUCACAUGAAAGACGUGGAAGAAAUUUAUUCCACCUUGAUCAGAUUUGCCCUCGAUAAUGCCACCACCACUUCCUCGUCCUACGCACCUCAACCUAAUGUCUCUUCUCCCUCCUGCUUUAUCCGAAAUAAUGCCAUCUAUCCGACCGUCCGCCUAAGUCAUUUCACCAGCUUGCAACCCCAAUCUACCUCGACAGAUGAACCCAAGGAAGAAAUCACACAACCGCCACAAGCUUUGCCACCGGAAGUUCUGCGGCCUUUGUUAAGUCUCUAUUCAACUUGCCUUUUGCAUGGUGGAAUUCAGCCUCUCGAUGACACAUUCUUUGCCAUGUUACUUGACCCUUCGCUCGUAUCUUCCUCACCCUGUCUCCAACUCCUUCUCGCUUCAAUCAUUUGUCACAUGUUGAUUCAUACCUAUUGCUGGCACCAACAUAUCCUCCGUCCAUUGUCCAUGACCAAAGAAGCAUGCACCCAACUUGCACUACAACAUUAUCGCUGGGCAAAACACCUUUUAGCCUCGGUCUAUUUCGAUACGCCUUGCCUUUUGACGAUUCACGCUAUUUGUAAUCUUGUCCUCUAUCAUAUGGAAAAUGGCAAUAUUUGUGCCAUUUACUUAUACUCCGGCAUGGCGGUACGUAUGGCGCUGGCUCUCCAGUUAUAUGCCGAGGACACAUUGGACGCCGUUGUACAGGCUCAGGCUGAAUAUCUGCCUGGCCAAUCGUUGCAGAGGAUCAGUACGUACUCUAGAUCCCUCAUCUUGUUUUUAUACUGUUUGGACACAGCCUCGUCCCAUUACCACAACAAACCCUACGAAGUCCACCUCGAAGAUGAUCAUUCGAGUCAAAAAUCGUUUUUCUAUCGAUCUUUGACCUCCUUAUCAAACGAUUCCCAAGUCAAUCAAGCGCAAGUCUUGUUUCAACGUUUGGAAUUCCAGUCAUGUCAGCUUACGCGGGAUAUUCGACGAACUUGCUUUGUUAACGACAAACAACAAACUCCUUUCAAGGAAAUUGAACGCAUCGAACAAGCACUGACUAUGUAUCGGAUGGCACUGCCCAACAUCAACAUCGCACUUGUGAAUCAAUCCUCUUCAUGGCAGAUUCGCAAUGUUUAUAUCCCAUGGAUCAAAUAUCACGGCUUGUGGAUUUUGCUUCAUCAGACUUAUCUUCCUACUCCGAUGUCUUUGGAACGGUGUAUAACAGCCGCAUUUUCUAUAGUAGACCUGUUCAAAACCUGGAAUCAGCAUAUCGAUUGUUACUUCCGACCUUGCGUUCAUGAACUGAAGCAAGCAUGUGAUAUCUUGUUAUACCUCGUCGACACGCAAUCCAUGGUUCGAGCUCAAGCAUUGGCAGGUCUGAACGUGCUUUUGGAUGUGAUUCUGCAUACGCCAGUUCAUGACAUUGCGAAAACGCGACCAUUUGUACAGCGAAUCCAGCAAGCCCUGCAACAGCAAUAACCCGCCGGAUAUAUAUAUAUAUAUAUAUAUAUAU